UUUGAAGCCAAGACAGUCUCACUAUACAAAGCAUCUGCGUCAGUUAUAACUACUCUCAUUUCUACCAUAUCAACUCUCCCUUCUCAAUACCUCAACAGACCAACAGCGAAUUUCAAGAUGUUUAAUAUAUCAUCACUUCUAGUCCCUCUCUUUCCGACAGCCUGCCUCCUCCUCUCCUCCCUCUUUGUGACAAUCUACUACGGCCCUUGGAUCCGUCGAUGUUUCCAAAUCAAGCAGAGGAAUAAACACGACGAGACCGGACCAGAGCAACUCUCCCUGAGAGAAUCUUCCUCUGCCCCCCAUAACAUCUUUGAACUCGAAACGCUCCCAUCAGAGACGGAUCUAAGUCUUACCCUGAACAUGGAUCUGCCAUUUCCAUUCGAGUGGUCUGAAGAAGAAGAAAAUGAUGAUGAUAAUGAAGAAGGAGAAGAAGAUUUACCAAAGCCGACUUACAACCCUUUGAACAUAUCUGAAUCCGAGCCAGAAGAACAGUUAUACCAUAUUUCGGAUCUCUCGUCGUCAUCAUACUCUGUCCCUAGAAGAAGCGAACUGCUCAAGAAGUACUUUGGGGAUGAUUACAGGCGUGUUCUAUCCAAGGAGGAGUUGUUGAUGCAGACCACAAAGGAAAGAAGUGUCGAGGGCGAUGGAGCCUCUGAGAGCGAUGGGGAUAAAAUCAGAGGAUGGAUGGAGGCCGUGGUUGACUUUGCGGUUGGAUGGUUUCAGAGUCAGAGAUGAAGACUCUAUUUUUCCAUCUAGUUUAUGUAUUGAAUAGAUUUAACCUCUAUGGUCUAGUUUCAUAACUCAUCUAUCAUUAAUCUAUAGAAAAAAAA